AUGAAGUCAUUGACAACCAAAUUGGCACUUCCUUUGGCUUUUCCUUCAGAAAUCAGCGAAAAUAACCGAGGUAUCAAUUUACCACUAACAGUUGACGCUACGGUGCUUCCCCACAUGCCAUUAACUCUAAAUAAGGCUACCAUAAGGCAGCUUAAGAAAUUCUUCACUAGUCCAACACAUAACUAA